UGAUCUGUUGCUAGGGUGCUAGUCUGCCUGCCCCUUAUUGUUGCGUGUGGCUGCACCAAACCACAGCUAAGGCAAAGUUACCAGUAGAGAGGUUGCUUGGAGGAUUCACAGCAGCUUUUGGGACCCGAACAGGCAGGCGGGAUCCGUGCCCACGCUUGCUGACACAAGUCAGAAGUCACAGCAAGACCUCAGAGACUGCUGAAAUGCAACCUAGGAGCUUCAAAAUCUGGAUUCCUUACUGAGGAAGAUGUUUAAAUUAGACUUCCCAUCCGAUCCCAAGGAAGUGGCAGCCAUUGAGGCCAGAAGAAAUAGAGAAAAAGAGCGACAAAGCCGAUUCUUCAAUGUGCGGAACCGAGUCAUAGGGGUGGAUGUUGAAGCCCUGAACAACCAGGUAGAAGAGCGAAAGCUUCGAGAAGCAGACGAGUGGAACAAGGAGCAAGCUUAUGGUACCAGCCAAGUGCACUAUGACUUGGUAGCCCAGAUGUUAGAGAAGGAAGAGUCAGAACGCUCACGCCGGCUGGCUAGGAAAGUCCAGGAAUAUCGGGACCAGAAGCAGCAAGUCAAGACCAGUAAUGAAUUUGACUUUUGGGAUCCAGACCAACUGUGGAAGGAGUUUCCAGGCCAGCCUGGUGACAGUGAUCCCUGCUGUGGCCCAUCCAGCCUACAGUGUUUCUCUGGGGAGGACCUGGACAGGGCCACAUGCCUGAGAAUGCAGCAGGAGCAGUUCAGGUGCAGCCUGAAUAGUCAGAUGCAGGAGAAACAGCAAGCCAAGGCUGAAGAGAAGUAUACAGAUAUGCUCAGUGACCAGCUGCGCAUGGCCAUGGACAUGCGGGCCAUGCAGAUGGCCAAGCUGGAGGAGUCUUGUCGCAUAGCCAUGAUGUCUGCAAUGGCCAACGCCAACAAGGCCCAGGCAGCUGAGCUGGCUGAGCGGCAGCGCCGUGAGCAUCAGCAGGAACGGGAGGCCAACCUCAAGGAGAUCCAGAGCCAGGUCACCAGUAACCUGCUGACUGAGAACCCGCAGGUGGCCCGAAACCCUAGGGCUCCCCACCGGGUUCUGCCUCACUGCUGGAAGGGCAUGACUCCAGAGCAGCGAGUUGCCAUCAGGAAGGCCCAGGGUGCACAGCGCCAUGAGAAGGAAGCACAACGCCAGGCUGAACAAGCACUGAAGACUGAAUGGGAAAACCAGGCCCGGCGUGUGGCCCAGGCAACACUGGAGCUAGAAGAGCAGGAGAGGAUAUUGUGUGCUGAGCUUCGGAGGGGACUAGGCUCCCUCAAUCAGUACCUGGCUGCAGAGCAAAAAGCCCAGCAGAAGUAUCUGAACUCAAUAAUCUACACCAACCAACCUAUGGACCAAUAUUACCUACAGUUCAACACCAGCAGCCGCUGAGCUCAGAAUGAGCAUCUCUCCUUCCCCGCCUCAUUGAGCUCACAGAUGGCCAGGAGUCAAAGAAGAAAAUGCUCCUUACCCUCACCCCUAACCCAUUCCCCAUGGGAGAGAGCUAAGCCAAUACCCUCACCUUCUAUCCCAGAAAAUAAAUUUAUUCAUUAAAA